AUGGAGUGCGAGGUGGGGGUUGUUUGUCUGUCCGCGUUGGUCCCGCCGCCGCGCGAGGCCCACGCGGGGUCGAGCUGGGAGGCCCUUCUGGAGGCCGCGGACGGGAUUUUCCACCAACGUCUCGGGUAUUGGCUCUGGCGGGCCCUCUCCCGCGUCCGCUCGGCGGCGAUUAUCAUCGGCAGCAAGGAACUCUUCCGGCGGGUCCCAAUCUUGCAGGAAAUCGAGCGGUUUGUGGUGCACCAGCGGCUGGUGUUGGCGCCGCGGGAUCCCCGCUGGCAGUACUGGCUGCCCGCCGCCGUGGCGGGCAGUGUGCUGGCCUUGUGCUGCCCCGCGCACCACAAAUGCCGGCGCAUCGCCUUCAUCGCGCUACGGCCCCCCCGCGCCGGCGCACGAAGCGCCCUGGAAAGCGAAACGGACUGUUUUGUCAAACUCGUGGGCGAGCCGCACUGCCAGUCGGUCUGCCUGCACGGCUUCGACCGCUGCCCGAACGGCUCGCAUGUCUGUCUGCUGCCAUGCCAUUUGAUGGGCCACCCAUCGGCCUCCUCCCCGGCGGGAAUGGCCCACCCUCGCGAGAUUUCGACCCCUUUCCCAGCCCAGGACGAGGCGGAUCCGCCGGAUGGGCCGGCGAUCGCGAUGGCGCCAUCCCCUCAUGGGGUUUGUGGGUACCCGUGCGGGAAAGUCCUCCCCUGCGGGCAUGUCUGCCAUCGCGCCUGCGGGGCCCCGUGCGAGCCCUGCCGGUUCGUCGGCUAUCGCGAGCUCGCCUGCGGGCAGCGCGUCGUGAGCGGCAUCCACAGCGCGGACAUGGCGAUCCAAUACACCUUCUUCGCGCACUUUCAGAAGACGCGCUGCGGGGCGCCCCCCUCGCGGUGCGAGGUCCCCGUCAGCCUCGCCUGCCCUCGCUGCGGGCUGAAGUCGAAAUGGCCGUGUUUUCGCCUCACCGAGGCGGAAUCGCCGAGCGGGCAAUGCCCGGGCUGCGUCGCGUUGUUCAACAAAAUCGCGGCGAAACACGGCCUCGCGGAAUGGCCCGCGCCGGCGCGCGAAACGGACGGCGAACUUAGUUUUCCCGGCGCGGAUGCGUCGGGGCCGCCUCGCGAGAAUGCCGAACUGCCCCUGCAUUUACUUUCCCCCGAGCUCCGACACGAGCUCGACCGCGCCUUUCUCCUGGCGCGGAAGAAGAGUGAGCUGCUGAUGAAAAAGGACGCCUUGGAAAUCAGCAGUGGGAAGCUCCUCGCGCCGGGUUCGAAGCCCUCGGACUUUGUCCUCUACAGGGACCAGUACAAUGCCCAAAAAAGCGCACAGGCGCGGGAAGAAGAGCAGUGGAAGAUCUCGGUUAACGAGCAAAACCAACACUGGGCGCAAUGCUUGCGCGAGCAAGUCGAAAAACAGGUCAACAUGAAUGCCAGGAUGGAAAACACGUGGCCGCUUCUGCAAAGUGAGGCCGAGGCCGAGAUGAGAAAACAGGAAGAAGAUGUCUAA